AUGCCGCUGCUAAACAGUCCAACAGCGAGCCGGAAGGCCGAUUCCUCGGCCGUUAUUGACGACGCGCCCGUGUCCGUGCCCGCGCCCGCGGCGGCAGGGGAAGAGGGAGCUGCGCAGGGCAGCCUUCUCGCGCAGGUCUACGAAUGGCUGCAGCACGAGCGAGCGCGCCAGAAGGUCCGUCGCUCCAAGGGCGCGUCUGGCGGGUCCCACGUGGGCGACGGGGCUGGAGACGGGGGGGAGGAGGAGGAGGAGGAGGAGGAGGAGGAGGAGGAGGAGAACGCGACCGCGACCGCAAGCUCGCUCGCCGUGCUGGAGCGGACGCCCUCGGCGACUUCGCACGGCGCGUUUGCCCUGGAUAAGCUGGAGAAGAUCCUCGAUUCGUACACGGCUGCUGCUGUUGCGGCGGUGUCUGCACGGCCAGAGGGCGGGGGACCCAGACGGUCUGGCCGACGACGGGUCAAGGGACUGCGGAGUGCAUCUGUGUCUGAGUCGGAGCACUACGACUUGGAGACCUCGGUUCCGAGCGUGGAUGCCUUCCUCGACAACUCCAAGACGCUCGCCUAUUCCGGUGGCGCGGUGGAGGACGAGGUCGACGAGAACACGGCCAGCGGGAAACGCGCCAGUGAGUACUGGCUGACGUUCAAGACGGAGAUCAUCCGUAUCGUGCAUACUCUGCGUCUCAAGGGCUGGCGCCGGGUUCCCAUAGAACUAGCAGGCGAGAUCGACGUGACUCGUCUGAGCGGUGCCUUGACCAAUGCCGUCUACGUUGUCGCGUCGCCGAAAACCCUGCCGCCGCCGCCGCUCAAGGCAGACGACGGUUCGAAGCCUGUGCCACGACGGCCUCCCCCGAAACUUCUGCUGCGGAUCUACGGCCCGCAGGUGGACCAUCUGAUCGACCGAGAGAUCGAACUCCAAAUCCUCGGGCGUCUCGGCCGCAAGAACAUCGGCCCCCGGGUGCUUGGGACGUUCAACAACGGCCGGUUUGAGGAGUUCUUCGAGGCGCGGCCCCUGACGGCCAAGGACCUGCGCGACCCCGUGACGUCAAAGCAGAUCGCCAAACGGAUGCGCGAGCUGCACGACGGCAUCGAGCUGCUCGAGGAGGAGCGCGAAGGCGGGCCCGUCAUGUUCAAGAACUGGGAGAAAUGGGUCGACCGCUGCGGCCAGGUGACCAGCUGGCUGGACAAGGAGCUGCUCUCGGAGCACAAUGAAGCAAAGGCCCAUUCCGAGCCCUGGCGGCGUCGGGGCUUCGUCUGCUGCGUGCCCUGGCCCUUAUUCCGCAAGGCUGUUGACAACUAUCGCAAAUGGCUCAUUGCCACCCUUGGCGGGUCUGACGAGAUCAAGCGCCAGCUCGUUUUUGCCCACAACGAUACACAAUAUGGCAAUCUCCUCCGUUUGGAACCCAGCGGCGAGUCUCCGCUCCUCCUACCGGCAAACUAUCACAAACAGCUGGUGGUCAUUGAUUUCGAAUACGCGUCAGCCAACACUCCAGGCUUUGAAUUCGCCAACCAUUUUUCUGAAUGGUGCUACAAUUACCACGACGCAGAGCGCCCCUGGGCCUGUCAUGCACGAGGGUACCCUACCGCCGAGGAACAGCGGCGCUUUAUAUCGGCGUACCUCCGCCACCGACCCAGCCACACCAACAGCAGGGCCGGGGGAGGCCGACUCCCCCUCUCGCCCAGCACGACGCCCUCGAUGCGCGCCGUAACAGGGAGCACGCCUUACUUGGCCCCCUUGGAUCUGGACGGGGCGAUCCCCCCGCUGACGGAGGCGGACAAGGCGCGCGACGAGGUCCUCGAGGCCGAGCUGGGCUAUCUCCUCCGUCAGACGAGACUUUGGCGGGUGCUCGUCUCGGCGCAGUGGGUUACUUGGGGGAUUGUGCAGGCCAAGGUGCCUGGAUUGGAUGAUCCUGAUACUCCUAGCAAUGGUGCAUCUUCUAGCAAUGGUGCAUCUUCUAGCAAUGAUGCUUCUUCUAGCAAUGGGGCUAGCGAAGCAGAGGAAUUCGAUUACCUUGCCUACGCGCAGGACCGGGCGAUGCUCUUCUGGGCAGACCUGUUGGCUUUGAAACUCAUCAAGGAGAGCGAGUUGCCAGCCGAGAUGCUUGGGGCGAUCAAAGCUCGGAUGAUGGAUUAUUAG